AGAUGGCUACUAAUUGGUAAAGCCAAAUCCAAAAUCAGAAAAUCUUCUUCUGCCCUCCGCAAAGUAAAAACCCCUUUGUUUUAAAAAUCUGAUCGCUGCUGCUACUCUGGUCCGGAUCAAGAAAAGGAAAUGUUAGGUGCGCUUAGUGCUGCAAGUUUAACACUUGGUCUGGCUGGUGCGCCAGCAGCAUUCACCGCCCAAUGCGGCAAUGGUGGCGCUGCCAAAGCCUUAGCGUUUCCUAGUAGCAGCAACAGCAGCAACCGCGCCCAAUUGUUGGUUAAGAGCUCAUUCACUUCCACUUCCAGGACUCCACCAUCCUUUAGGACAGCCGUUGCUGCAGUGGACUCCGACCAGCUCAGUCCCGACAUGCAACAAUCCAAAAAAUACUAUUUUGUUGUUGCGAAUGCAAAGUUCAUGCUUGAUGAAGAGGAGCACUUCAAAGAACUUUUGUUUGAGAGGCUUCGUUACUACGGAGAACGCAAUAAAGAGCAGGACUUCUGGCUUGUAAUUGAACCCAAGUUCUUGGAAAAUUUCCCUGACAUCACAAAGAGGUUGCGCAGGCCUGCUGUUGCUCUGGUUUCAACUAACGGCCCUUGGAUCACGUUUAUGAAGUUGAGGUUGGACAGAGUUUUAUCUGAUAGCUAUGAAGCUGACAAUCUUGAAGAAGCUUUAGCUUCAAAUCCUACCACUCUGGAGUUUGAGAAGCCAGAAAACUGGGUGGCUCCCUACCCAAAAUAUGAAUUUGGAUGGUGGGAUCCCUUCUUGCCAACUGGAGUUAAAGUUUGAAGUACAGCAUUUUUGGCUAUCGUUUUUUUGUUUAGUUGGAACCAUUACUAUAACAGAUGAAAGAUUAAUUAAUGUGGGUGUCCAUUUUGCAUGAGUUGGUGCUUCCUAGAGACAAGUUGAAAAUUUUAAUCUCGGAUGUUACAACUGCUAAGCUAAUAUCUUAACUCUAGCGUGUAGACCUCUAUGUGUAGAAUUCUCUUGAUUUGAUUCUCCCUUUUUCUUGAGAGAUAAAGGUCAAUAGUUCAAGACUCAAGAAUUGCCUA